GUGCUCGAGAAGCGCUACGGUGGCCGAGAGCAGGCCCAUGCUGCAGCAGUACGCAUUCAACGCGCAUUCCGACAGCACAGGAUGAAUAGCCGAUUCAGACAGAUGAUGACGAGCAGCGACCAUCAACAGAUGAACGGGUUCGCCUCUAACGGGCACACACCGGAACGGAUACGG